AUGGUCGUCAAAGUCGGCAUCAACGGUUUCGGUCGUAUCGGCCGUAUCGUCCUCCGUAAUGCGCUCCUCGAUGAGCGUGUUCAGGUUAUCGCCGUGAACGACCCCUUCAUCGCUCUUGACUACAUGGUCUACAUGUUCAAGUACGACACUGUCCACGGCCGCUUUAAGGGCACCGUCGAGACCAAGGACGGCGCUCUUAUCGUCAACGGCCACCCCAUCAAGGUCUUCAACGAGAAGAACCCGGCCGACAUCAAAUGGGGCGAGGCCGGCGCCGAGUACGUCGUCGAGUCGUCCGGUGUCUUCACCACCAUCGACAAGGCUUCGGCCCACUUGAACGGCGGUGCCAAGAAGGUCAUCAUCUCGGCUCCCUCUGCGGACGCACCCAUGUUCGUCGUCGGCGUUAACCUCGACCAGUACAAGUCGGAGUACAAGGUCAUCUCCAACGCCUCCUGCACGACCAACUGCCUCGCUCCCCUCGCCAAGGCCGUCCACGACAAGUUCGGCAUCGUUGAGGGCUUGAUGUCCACCAUCCACGCCACUACCGCCACCCAAAAGACCGUCGACGGCCCGUCCAACAAGGACUGGCGUGGCGGCCGUGCCGUCAACGGCAACAUCAUCCCCUCGUCGACCGGUGCCGCCAAGGCCGUCGGCAAGGUUAUCCCCUCGCUCAACGGCAAGCUCACCGGUCUCGCCUUCCGUGUCCCCACGAACGACGUCUCCGUUGUUGACCUCGUCGUCCGCCUCGAGAAGGAGGCCUCCUACGACGAGAUCGUCGAGGCCAUCCGCGAGGUCUCGAACACCUCGAUGAAGGGCGUUCUCGAGGUCACUGACGAGCUCACCGUCUCGACCGACUUCAUCGGCCACACCGCAUCGUCGAUCUUCGACGCCAAGGCCGGCAUCUCGCUCAACAAGAACUUCGUCAAGCUCGUUUCGUGGUACGACAACGAGUGGGGUUACUCGAAGCGCGUCGUCGACCUCCUCGUCUACGCCGCGACCAAGGACGGCAACGCGUAA